AUGUUGAGCUCGUUUGUACAGAAGUUCAUUGACCAGUCCUCGCUGUCCUCCACCAAUGACAACCGUCCGUCAAAGGCCUCUCUUUUCCGAGACCAGUUCAGACUGCCCGCCGGUCAAAAUCCCUUGCACGAGAUCACCGCCGAACUAUUCCUACCUCUUCCCUCGACCCCAGCGGGAGGCGCUGUCACCUCCGGAGAGAAGUUGAGGGACAAUGGCAAUAAAUAUCAGGGCGAACUACACUUGAGUGAACACUUUCUGUGCUUCUCGACGAUCCGAACCAGUUUCCUGCCCACCGCCAGCUAUGCAUCGUCCACCUCCUUCACGGGCCCUACGCAAGGUGCGGGCCCUGGAGGGCAUGGCUUUACUCUACCCUUGUGCUCGAUACGGAGAGUCGAGAGGCUGAAUAGUCAUCAAGACAAGUUCUCGCUCGCCCUCACCACCUUUGAGUCCGUCCAGAGACCUUCGACCGAGAAGACCAAGGUGGCACAGCCUCCUCCCCGCAAACUGAUCCUCACCCUCGACGGUAGUCGCAUCGCCUGUGAGCGCUUCUGUGACGGUCUCAAGAAAGGGUUGAGGGAAGGUAUGAAAGAGGUGGACAAUCUACGGCUUGUGGUCUCUCAAUGCUACUCAGAAUACUUUCUGGAUCCAGUUCGCCUCAAGGCCAAAGAGGAAGGAACCACACCACCCGAUCCGCCCGACACGGGACUUGGAAUGCUGUUUAAAUACCCGGGAGAUGCCCGAAAACUUAGGGAUAGGAGUAAGAUCAGACUCUGGGGCGAGUACAUGCGGGAGAAUGGCCGAAAUGCCACCAUCGUCCGCCAGCCCACGUUCCACAAACUCAUCCGUGUUGGGUUGCCAAACCGUCUGAGAGGCGAAAUAUGGGAGAUCAGCUCCGGCUCUUUCUACACGCGGCUGAGAAAUCCCAACCUCUACGCCAAAACCUUGGCCAAGUUUACCGGAAAGGAGUCCUUGGCCAUCGAUGAGAUUGAGAAGGAUCUAAAUCGGAGUCUGCCAGAAUAUCCCGGCUUUCAGAGCGAUGAAGGUAUUGGCAGGCUUCGACGCGUCCUCACAGCAUACAGCUGGACCAAUGAAGAGGUUGGCUACUGUCAAGCCAUGAAUAUAGUCGUGGCGGCCCUGCUCAUCUACAUGUCAGAGUCUCAGGCGUUCUUCACACUCGGCGCCUUGUGCGACAGACUGCUUCCCGGAUACUACUCAAAGGACAUGUAUGGCACUCUUUUGGACCAGCGUGUCUUUGAAAACCUCGUCGAACGGACAAUGCCCAUUCUUUGGGAACAUCUAGUCAAGUCAGACGUCAACCUAUCCGUGGUGUCACUGCCGUGGUUUUUGUCACUCUACAUCAACUCGAUGCCCCUUGUAUUCGCCUUCCGGGUACUUGACGUGUUCUUCCUGGAAGGCCCGAAAGUCCUCUUCCAGAUUGGUCUGGCUAUUCUCCGCAUAAACGGCGAAGAAUUACUCGACGUGAGCGACGAUGGCUCUUUCAUCUCGAUACUCAAAAACUACUUUUCACGGCUGGACGAAUCCGCCCACCCUCAUUCGGAAAACGAGAAGCUGAGGGCUAUCACCAAAUUCCAGGAACUCAUGGUAACGGCUUUCAAGGAGUUUGCUGGCAUUACACACGCCAGUGUCGAAGAACUAAGAGACAAACACAUCGAGGGCGUCAAGGAGGGGCUUGCCACAUUCGCCAAACGGACAUCAAUACGGAAUUUGGGACCUGAAAGUAAGAAGCUCAGUGCUGAAGAUCUCAGUGCCAUCUACGAUAGGUUCUUUGGCGUGUUGGCUGAACGACAAGAACGUGCAAAAGCUCGCGAGGUGGAGAGAAGGAAGCAGCAAGAUCAGAGAACUCGGCCUGGUCUAUGGCCACAGCAUUCAUCUCGCAACUAUGACGAGCCCGGCCGCAAUGCCCUCCCUUUGCAGACCAUGGACUAUGAUGCCUUCAGAGAGUUCCUAGCCAAUACGGCCAGGUGGGCAGUGACAGACUCGCCCUCGUCACCCAGUAAGGAGAUUGCCAGCCCCAAUACAAGCCAGAGAAAGCGGAGCAAGACAAUGUCUCAAUGGGGAUCAGGGCCCGAACCCGCCGACCACGAUUUUAUGCAACGCUUGUACGGUAAAUGGGACGAGUCGCAUCAGGGAGAGAUGACGCUUCAACAACUAGUUCGUGGCCUUGCGCAGUUCAAAGGCACUACGGAUAUUAUGAAUUCGAUGAGUCUAUUCUUCGACCUCUUUGACGACGAGGGGACGGGGAAAGUCGAUCGGGAGGGCAUCCUGAGGAUGUCUGAGUCCCUCUUGUUCCUUUCUCGACGAGGCUUUGAUGGCACCAUUACCCCGUCCGACACGAACAACGGGCUGAGUUCUCCACUCAGUGCUUCGGACGCAAAGGAGGGCCUGAAACUGAGCACCAAUGAGAAGUUUCUAGGUAGCGUCAGUGCCUUUAUCAGGAGGUGUUUCGAAUACGCCGACCCGGAUGACGCCGUGGAGGCAGCAAGCUCGAAGCUCGAGGCAACAACCAUAGACAGACCAGCCGACGAGGAAGAUCUACUUGAUCUGACCGAGACACGAUCGAAUCACAAAUCCCUCGCCUCGCCGAAACCGACAGAAAAAGACCCCCUGUCCGAGACGACGCCUCCCCAUACGCCGUCAUUCUCGAGUGGUCAGGACAAUCGCAAAUCCUCCUCAUCUCGCGCCGCCUCGCAUAACCUUGCCCUUGAUCCCAAUAAACCCUUGCAUAUCACCCUCCCGACCUUCCGCAUGGUCAUUCUCGCGGAUGAACUUCUCGAGCAGUUCUUUGAGACCUUCUUCCCUCAAUCUUUCCGUCUUGCCGAUAUCCCUCCUAACGCCAGCUCCUUGUCGUUGGCCUCGACCACCAACACCCUCUCGGGAAAUCUAACCACCUUCACAAAUCUAGGCACGCCGGUCAAAAACUUGCUGAACGGCGCGCCGUCCAACAAGACUCUACCUGACGUGGGCCGUGCCGGCGGUGUUGUGGAACCGGGCUCUCGCGGUCUGCGAGGUGUUUUGGACAAUAUCGUGAACGACGGCAUGCGGAUGGCGGCUGAGAUGCGGAAACGUAUGGACGAUGCGCAGAAGGAGUUUGAGCGCAACGCCCGCGAGCACGGGCAGAAACCUUAUCGAGACGACGACGAUGACGAUGAGGACUAUGAUGACAAGGACACGGGGAUCGGGAAGAGAGAUCAAGAGUUGUUGGAGGGGGCCGAGGUGGCCAGUAUCCGACCUUCUAUCGGCCCUGGUGGGAGUAUAGACGAAGGCGGCGUGAGGAGCCGAGCCGAGAGUUCUACAACGUUGAGCUCAAAGGGAAGUGGUAGUGGCAAUGGCAGUGGGACGGGAACCCUCAGCCGCAAGACCACGGGGAGUGGGAGUGGGAGUGCGCAUAGUGUGAGUAUUUUGGAUGUCAACGAUACAUCUUUAGAUUCGACCGGCUGA